AGUAGCUACAUUGAUUUGGCAUUUUUUGAUGCUCUUCUGCUCAUACAUUUUCGAAUUUGUAGUAGAUAAGCCUAGUCACAUUUAUGCUAAAGCUAAAGAUUUGUGAUUAACGAAAGCUCACAACUAAACAAUAGCUAAUGAAUUGGAAUGGAAGAAUACCAAGCAUUAACAUAAAAAAAUACCUAGAUGUUCAACAGACUAAUCACAUUAAUUGAAACGAUUCAAAAUACUGUCUAGUCCGAAGUUUAAAGGUCAGAUGUCACUGGUCCUACCCAACAUAAUAUCUAUUUUGUGACAUUGGGAACAACCUUACAAAGUUUUGCAGGGUGAAGAGAGGUGUGUGACUUUUUAAAGCUUUACGCUAAUAUAGAAAUAUUGAACCUGAUAAAUGUGUAGAUAAGAAAAAUAAUAAGUUUAACUGCUAUUUGUUAUUAUAAUUAAAUUAUCAAAAUGGCUGCACCUACAAGGAUAUUAAGUCGUUUAUUGGCUGAAGGAAUUAAAGUAAAACAACCUAUAAGAUUCAACAGUUAUGAAAGUACUAGGAAAAACCUAAAAUUAACUGCCCAAACCAAAGUAAUAUGCCAAGGUUUUACUGGGAAACAAGGAACGUUUCACAGUAAACAAGCAAUAGAAUAUGGAACAAGAAUGGUUGGAGGAGUAUCUCCUGGAAAAGGGGGUAAAACGCAUCUCGACUUGCCUGUUUUUAAUAGUGUAAAAGAGGCACGUGAUGCUACUGGAGCUGACGCAACUGUUAUUUAUGUUCCUCCACCUGGAGCUGCAGCAGCCAUUUUAGAAGCUAUAGAUGCAGAAGUCCCUCUCAUUGUAUGCAUAACAGAAGGAAUUCCUCAACAUGAUAUGGUUCGAGUUAAGCACAAAUUAUUACGCCAAAGUAAAUCCAGACUUAUUGGACCAAACUGUCCAGGUAUCAUUGCUCCAGAGCAAUGUAAAAUAGGAAUUAUGCCGGGACAUAUUCAUCAGAAAGGUGUAAUUGGUGUUGUAUCUAGAUCAGGAACACUGACUUACGAAGCUGUUCACCAGACUACUCAAGUUGGUUUGGGGCAAACAUUGUGUGUUGGUAUCGGAGGAGAUCCGUUCAACGGAACUGAUUUUAUCGAUUGUUUGGAAGUUUUUUUGAAAGAUCCUGAAACAAAAGGUAUCAUUCUAAUUGGAGAAAUUGGAGGCGUUGCUGAAGAACAAGCUGCUGAGUAUCUAAUGAAACAUAACUCCGGAACAAAUGCAAAGCCGGUUGUAUCCUUUAUUGCUGGUCUUUCAGCUCCUCCAGGUCGUCGUAUGGGACAUGCAGGCGCCAUUAUUUCUGGAGGAAAAGGAGGUGCUCAAGAUAAAAUAAAUGCUUUAGAAAAAGCUGGAGUUAUAGUUACGAAGUCUCCAGCUCAAAUGGGAAACGAGUUGCUUAAAGAAAUGCGUCGUUUAGGAUUAGCAUAAGUGAAAAAAUAUAUUUAAGGGUACUUACUGUAUCAGCUGAAGUACAGCCUAUAAGUGUUGACUAUUUCCCCAACCUUUAUUGUGUAUUAAAUCUCCAAUAUAAAUAUU